AUGACUCGCUUUGCAACUGACUCUAUCCAUGGUGGUGAUCAUCUUAAACGUGUAAUUGAUGUGAUCAACCCAAUUCAUAUUUCAACAACAUACAGUUAUUCCGACGAUCCUGAUGAAUUGGUACCAGGUGGAUUAACUGAUCCUAACACUUUGAUUUAUUCUCGUGAAAAUCAUCCUAAUGCAGCUCAAUUAGAAGCUAUUAUUGAAAAAAUCACAGGGUAUCCGGCCGUCAUUUAUAAUUCUGGUUUAGGUGCCUUUAAUGGAUUAAUUACUUAUGUCAAUCCUAAAACUAUGGCAUUUGGACAAAUUUAUCAUGGGGUUCAUGGAAUUGCUGACAUUUGGACAAGAAAUUUUGGAUUGAAACAAAUUGGUAUUGAUGAUAAUUUCGAUGGAGUAUUGCAAAAAGGUGAUUUGGUCCAUUUGGAAACUCCGGUUAAUCCUUAUGGUACUAAUUUGGAUAUCCUGAAAUAUGCUGAAAGAGCCCAUGCUCAUGGUGCAUUAUUAUCUGUUGAUGCCACAUUUGCCCCUCCUCCAUUAAUGAACCCUUUUGAUUUUGGUGCUGAUAUAGUCAUGCAUUCUGCAACAAAGUUUUUCGGUGGUCAUAGUGAUUUAUUGGCAGGUAUUUUGUUGGUCAAAUCUCAUGAUAUUAAAGAAAAAUUAUUGUUGGAUAGAUUAGUGUUGGGAACAAACAUUGGUAACUUGGAAAGUGCUUUAUUGGUUAGAAGUUUGAGAACUUUUGAGCUACGUAUUAAAAGACAAUCAGCCACAGCAGAAUUUAUUGUCAAAUAUAUUGCUGAAAAUAAAGAUAAAUUCCCUGAUUUAGAAAAAAUCUAUCAUGGGUCAUUACAAGACGAUGAAUACAUCAAGAAACAAAUGCCAAAUGGUCAAAGUCCUGUGUUUUCAAUUGAGUUGGUUUCUGAAGAUAAAGCAAAAAGAUUGCCCUCUAAAUUGAAAUUGUUUCAUCAUGCUACUAGUUUGGGUGGUGCUGAAAGUUUGAUUGAAUGGAGAGCUAUGAGUGAUGAUCAUAUCAGUAAGAAAUUGUUGCGAGUCUCGAUUGGGUUAGAAGAUCCAAGAGAUUUGUUGGCCGAUUUUGUUCAUGGAUUAGGUGGUGAUGAUGAAUUGGUCAAACUGAUUGAAAAUUUGGAGAUUUAA